AUGCUUUCGUCUGUUUGUGUUUCCCGUUUUUUUCCCCUGGUACUCCAUACUCCGUACGACUUCUUCGUGUUCUUCAACCCCAGUAUACAAACGGCCCCGUUUGUACGCAGUCUCUGUAGCGAAGCGACAACACAGGUCCAGGCCCAGGCCCAGGCCAAGGCCCAUAAGCAUCCCAACCCGUCGCGUCCAACGCCACGUUCCUUGGACGACCAUGGACCAUGGACCAGUGUCCAACACGAUACGGGCCAGAGAGUCGGAGAGACUACUACCUACUCCGUACCAGACGGGGAUUUGCAGCUUCCAACCAAGGUUCUUGGUGCACCCUCGUGUGUGGACCGGCUGUACGGCACAAUGACGGUAGAAUGCUACGCCGUACUGGACGGGAGGCCCGCUAGAACAUGA